CACCGAUCAGUAGAAAGAGCCAAAGAUCAGUGCCACCUGUCAGUGUCCAUCAGUGCCAGCUGUCGGUGCUCAUCCAUGCCACCUGCCAGUGCCCAUCAGUGCCACAUUUCAGUGCCCAUCAGUGCCACAUCAAUGCCACAUAUCAGUGCCCAUCUGAGCUGCCUUUCAGUGUCACCCAUCAGUGCCAGUCAGUGCCGCCUAUCAGUGUGCAUCAGUGCCGCCUAUCAGUGCCCGUCAGUGCUGCCUAUCAGUGCCGCCUAACAGUGCCAGCCAGUGCCGCCUAUCAGUGCCAGUCAGUGCCGCCUAUCAGUGCCAUAUAUGAGUGCUGCCUUUCAGUGCCCAUCAGUAAUGCCCGUCAAUGCCCAUCAGUGCCACCUACCAGUGCCUCCUCAUCAGUGCCCAUCAGUGCCACCUAUCAGUGUCCAUCAGUGCAGCCUAUCAG